AUGAAAGUACUCUAUCAAAAAAAGCAGCGGUGUAUUGCAUUGCAAUCCGAAACACACACGCUUCUUUUCCGGCGAUUACACAAUAAAGAUGUUGCUCAUGACUCUCCACCCUCGGUUCAAGUAGAGAUAGCGUCCAAUGAUAACUUGAGUUCAAACUUCAAGCCACUUAUUAAUAAAGAAGUUCAUGGAUGCUUAGGGCUUAUACAUGUGGGUGAGCAAGUAUUUGUUGCCAUUGUUGUUGGAGCAGUUACCAAUGUUGCUACACCGUUGGUGUAUGAACUGAUUGACCGUAUUUAUAAUGUUGAGUUUAUCUCGUUGUCACACGAUGAUUGGGAUUCGUUAUUGAGUCUGGGAGGUCAAGAAGAUUAUUAUACUGAAGAAGCGGGGUUGGCAAUUCAUCCAUGUAGUGAAUUGAAACGAUUACUUUCCAAUGGUUCGUUUUACUUUUCCACUGAUUUUGAUUUAACUUCUAUACUUCAGAACAGAGGCAUAAUACAAUCGAAAUUGGCUAAUAGAAAACAGCUGCUGAAAGGAAUUGCGGCUUACGGGCAUAAAAAUGAACAUUUCUCUACAGAAUUUAUGUGGAACGCAUUCAUGAUGGACGAUUUGAUUCGGUUUAGAAGUAAUUUGGAUGAUGAAUUGGAAGCUAUCUUUGAUACCAAUAGAUUCCUUACAACGGCUAUUAGGGGAUUUGCAAAAACCACCUCUCUCAAUUAUGGCGAAUCAAUGACUAUUAUUUCCAAACAAUCUUGGAAGAGAGCUGGCACAAGAUAUAAUGCCAGAGGUAUAGAUGAUGAUGGUAAUGUUGCUAAUUUUGUGGAGACAGAAUUUAUAUACGAUGCUUCCUCAUCUAAUGGAACCAUAUAUUCCUUCGUACAGAUCCGAGGUUCAGUGCCUGCUUUCUGGGAACAAGAUUCAACAUUAAUUAACCCGAAAAUAACAAUCACAAGAUCGUUAGGUGCUACGCAACAGAUAUUUGAUAAACACUUUACCAAUAUUGGGAAGAAAUAUGGUGUAUGUCAUGUGGUUAAUUUAUUAUCCAAAACCAAGCCAGCAGAAGUACAAGUUCUGAGACGAUUUUCGGAGUUAAUUGAAGGUUCCAGAACUACAGAAGUAGUAGAAUAUACUCAAUUUGAUUUCCAUCAAGAAGUUAAAAAUAUAGGAUUCAGUGGAGCAACUAAUAUUCUCCCGGAAUUAGCCACCUCGAUGGAAGAAUUUGGGGUUUUCUCAUAUGACACUAUAACCGGUGAAGUAGUUACCAGACAAGAUGGUGUAUUCCGAGUCAAUUGCUUGGAUUGCUUAGACAGAACAAAUUUGAUUGAGCAAGUUAUAUGUCAUAAAGUGUUUGAAAGCUAUGGUGGUGAUAGAGAAAGUCUUAAGUUCAACAAUAUUUGGGCUGAUAAUGGUGACGCAAUUUCUCAGAUAUAUACGGGGACCAAUGCAUUAAAAUCUUCCUUCUCAAGAUCUGGGAAGAUGAAUAUUGCUGGUGCCCUAUCUGAUGUCACCAAAUCAGUUUCCAGAAUGUACCAAAAUACGUUUGUGGAUAAUAAGAAACAAUCUACUAUGGAUCUUCUUUUAGGAUAUGAUGCUCGGAACUCUAAGCCCGUUCGUAUUUAUGAUCCUGUUAGUGAUUUUGUUAAUAGUGAACUUAAGGCAAAGAAGAGUGUUUUCACUACUGCAGGGAAUAUUUCUAUUUUUGCUGGAACCUACAAUUUGAAUGCUACGACUUAUAGCUCCAAUAUGGAUUUAACUCCUUGGUUAUUCCCUCCUGAUAACUCAUUUUUACCGGACAUUUAUGCCAUUGGGUUACAAGAAAUCAUUGAACUUAAUGCUGGGUCCAUUUUAAAUGCAGAUUCAUCCAAAGCCAGCAGAUGGUCCGAAGCCUUAACUCAACAAUUGAAUUCUCAAUCAAACGAUAAGUAUUUGCUUUUGCGUACUGAAUCAUUAAGUUCUAUGGCUCUUUACCUUUUCGUUAAAGAGUCUCUUGUUAAUAACAUUUCCCAUGUUUUCGGAGCAAGUAAAAAGACAGGCUUGGGAGGUAUGACUGUGAAUAAAGGUGCUUGCGCAGUACGGUUUGAAUAUGGAUCUACUUCAUUUGCGUUGGUUACUUCACAUUUAGCUGCUGGAACAACGGCUAUUGCUGAACGGUAUAACGAUUAUGUGACUGUAAUGGAGGGUCUAACGUUUUCCAGAAACUAUACGUUGCCAGAUCACGAUCAUAUUUUAUGGUUUGGAGACUUGAAUUAUCGUAUAGCAUUACCCAACGAUCAAUGCCGUUUUCUUGUUGAGAAGGGUGCAUUUGAUGAUUUAUACAGACAAGAUCAAUUACAACAAGAAAUGAAGAAAAAAGGAGCCUUCUUUGGGUUCAAAGAAGGUCCAAUCAUCUUUUACCCCACGUACAAGUUUGAUAAGGGAACAAACGAAUAUGACACUUCAGAGAAACAGAGAAUCCCAUCAUGGACAGAUCGGAUCUUGUAUCAAAGUGAUAGUGAUAUCCCAGAAUUGGAACAAUUGAACUAUAGUUCUAUAUUUGAUAUGAUCUACAGUGACCAUAAGCCUGUAUUUUCUACCUUCAAAUCUCAAGUUGAGUUUGUUGAUGAAGCUAAGAAGUUAGCCUUGCAGAAACAGCUCUAUGAAAAGUAUAAAGCACAACAUGAUGAUGAUGUUUCAAUCUACUCCAGCUCCACAUUAUCAUCCGUCCCCAUUAGCAAAUCCAAUAGUUUCCGGAGAGAUACCAUGACCGAAUUGAAUCUUAUUGAUGAUGAUGAUAGUUCACCCUCACCUCCAAAAUUACCUUCCAGACCAAUGUCGCAAGCCCCUAGUACUUUAAGGAAAGUCCCACCUCCAUUUGAUGGUUAUGAUAGUACUGCGAAACCAGCUAUUCUCCGGUCAGCAUCUCUCACAGCUCCCAUUCCACCUGCUCCUCGCAGGACGGUAACUACGGUGAGCUCGAGUUCGAACAGCACCACUAGUGCUUCUUCACCUGUCCCAUUAGGAUUUUCACUUACUCCAUUGGUUCCCAGCAAUAAAUCAAGCAGAGCUGCAUCUCCAGAGACUAAGAAUGGUGAUAGAAAUGACGGAAAGGUCGCUUCACCUCCACUCAAUUCCAAAUCAACAAUCUCACUCAAGCCAUUGGUGCCUUCACGUACUUCCUCGCCAAUUAGUGUAGGGUCUGGACCGCAAAAGGCAUCUCCUACUGAAUCUCAACACAAACUAGCACCAAUGAAACCAAAUAAGCCAGUCCAGCUUAGUUCUUCCAAGCAAACAGAAGUUCCAACCCCACCGCAGAGCAAUACCAAAGUACCGGAACCACCUGCUCCUCGGAACAUUAAGAGCAUGUCGGACUGGAAACCGUUGAUGCCCAAUUGA